GGAGAGAGAGAGAGAGAGAGAGAGAGGUAAGCCGUUGGAUCGAGGGGAUAAUUGGAUCUGAGCCGUUGAUUGCGGUGGUGGUGGUGGAGGAGCCGGAGGUGGAGACGCCUGUCGUUUCUCCGGUCGAGAUUGGCGUGGUUUUUCUCUGGAUCACGCCUUCUGGUUCUGGAUCAUCUCCUGCAUCUAUGGUCUUCUGAUCAAAUGGCUUUCCAUUUGUACUUCUUCGGUAUAAUUUGACGACACUACCCUUGUUCCAUGUCUCCUAAUAUUGACAGCCCUGUGCAAACCCAAAUGGCAGUUGAAGUUCUUAACCGCAGCUUUAGCAGUGACUACCAUGGAAGCAGAACCAGAGAAGAGAAACAUGUGGGUAGGCGACGGGUGUUUGUACAGACUGAAACUGGUAGUGUAUUGGGCAUUGAAUUGGACCGUGGAGACAAUGUGCAUACAGUGAAACGGAGGUUGCAGUUGGCGCUAAAUGUGCCUACAGAAGAGACUUCUCUCACUUAUGGAGAUCUUGUGUUGAAAAAUGAUCUUAGUGCCAUUCGGAAUGACUCUCCCUUGCUCCUCACAAGAAACCAUUUGCAUCGGAGCUCAUCCACGCCUUGCCUUUCUCCAACUGGAAAGGAUCUUCAACAGAGAGAUUGGAGUGGACCAAUUGAGAUAUUAGGCUGCUCAAGUCGAUGCUCUCGAAUGAAGCAGCUUGUUAAGGAUGUUGUUAAAGCAAUCAAAAGUGGUGUUGACCCUGUACGAGUUAACGGUGGACUUGGUGGUGCAUACUACUUCAGAAACUCAGGGGGCGAGAACGUUGCUAUUGUGAAACCAACUGAUGAAGAGCCAUUUGCACCGAACAAUCCGAAAGGUUUUGUAGGGAAAGCUCUUGGCCAGCCAGGAUUGAAAAGGUCUGUUCGGGUUGGUGAGACUGGUUUUAGAGAGGUUGCUGCUUAUCUACUGGACUAUGAUCAUUUUGCAAAUGUUCCUCCGACAAUCCUUGUCAAGAUAACUCACUCCGUCUUCCAUGUCAAUGAAGGAGUCGAUUGCAGCAAGGUGAUACGCAAGAAGCGACGGGCUACAAGCAAGAUCGCAUCUUUCCAGCAGUUUAUCCCACAUGAUUUCGAUGCCAGUGAUCAUGGUACCUCAAGCUUUCCUGUUGCAGCAAUUCAUAGAAUUGGAAUCCUUGAUGUUAGAAUCUUGAAUACAGAUAGACAUUCAGGAAACCUUCUAGUAAGGAAAGUUGAAGGCAGAGAUGGUAUGUUUGGUAGUCAGGUGGAGCUCAUCCCAAUUGAUCAUGGCCUAUGCCUUCCAGAGAAUUUAGAGGAUCCUUACUUCGAAUGGAUUCAUUGGCCACAAGCAUCAAUUCCAUUUUCUGAUGAUGAACUUAACUACAUUGCUCGUCUUGAUCCAAUGAAAGAUUCAGACAUGCUUCGAAUGGAGCUACCUAUGAUCCGCGAGGCCUGCCUUCGUGUUCUCAUCCUUUGCACAGUUUUCCUCAAGGAAGCAGCAGCAUCCGGUUUUUGUCUAGCAGAGAUUGGCGAAAUGAUGAGCCGGGAAAUCAGAGGAAUUGAAGAAGAACCGAGUGAGCUUGAAGUUAUUUGCAUUGAGGCAAGGAAUUUGGUGGCUGAACCAGAGGUGUAUCUUUCCGAAACCGGAUCAGAGCAUGAAGAUGAAACUCAGUUUCUCAUCGAAUGUACUGAAGAGGUUGAACAAGUAACACCAUCAACACCCCGAUCCUACAUUUCAAAACUAGAGAGCUUGGAGGAGGAAGAUGAGAAUUAUUAUAAUGAAGAAAGCAACAACACCAAUGAAAUUACUCAUGGUAUCUCUAUGUCAUUGAAUGGUUUAAGUCUUGUUGAAAAGAAAGUCCAAGGUGAUAUAAGCAGUACAAAAACUAACAGAAGGAGCGCGAAUGAGCAGCUGCCAUCAAGCCAGAGUUUCGUGAAACUUGCAGAUAUGAAUGAGGAAGAAUGGGGAGCAUUUCUUGACAAGUUCCAGGAGCUAUUAUACACUGUAUUGCGAAACCGAAAAUCUAAUAAUGUUAACCAGAGACAGAGACAGAGGUUGGGAACUUCCUGCCAGUUUUGAGUAGGAGACAUAUAUAUAAAUAUAGUGGAAAUGUUUGGUUGGUUUGUUAAGAAUGGUUCUUGGUGCUUGUUGUGGUGUAAUGAAAGAUGAAGAGUUUCAUAAAUAAGGGUGAGUUUCAUGAGUUUUAGAAUCAGAGAUGUAAAUACUGGUUCGAGUUUUGUUAGAUAUUGUUAUGAGUUUACAUGGUUGAUGAGGUAUGUGUAAUGGAAUGGGGUUGGUUGCUGUUUUUGGUGUUCUCACUUCUCUGGUUGUCUUUGUUAUGAGAGUGUUUCUUAUAACAUAGUUCAGAUCAAUAAAUGCAUAUAAAUUUGUGUAUA